GGAAGUGACAACAUGGUCUUUGUUCUUUUUAAAGUGGAAACCUGCCCUCGUUCUCACCCUAUAUUUAGACACUUUCCACACACUCUCUGCUCUUCAGUGAAACAUUCAUGAUGAUUUGUAAAGUGUCUCGAACCAUAGUUUUUCUUUUCAGCAUUUGGAUGGCAGUUUGUCAUACAGGAUGUAAGUUGAGUUUUUUUGAUGGUUUUUUACAAUGGAAUUUAUUCUAUAGUAUUUUAUUCUUACUUGUACAUUUUUACUACAAUUUUAGCAAUUCAAGCUUUUCACAGUGUCUUAAUGUAUUAUUAUUAUUAUUUCCAGCUCCUGUAAACACUGAGGGCAUCUCUCAGCCUACUCCAGUGAUGACGGCUAAGACCGGCACCACUGUAACUUUGGAAUGCUUUGUAUCAGAAAAAACACAAACUGAACCGAUUGUUUGGUACAAGCUAAGUGUUGGCCAGAUGCCGCUUCUUGUAGGAUCAGCUCAGCGUUUUUGGUCUUCUGUACUCUACAAUGAAUUCAAUAAUGACCGUUUCAUCAUAAACAGUGAUUCUGUAUCUGUCCGCCUGUCUAUCUCAAACAUUAAGUCAUCUGAUGAGGCUUUUUAUCUCUGUGGAGUCAGGAUUAUCUAUGAUAUAUAUUUUGGAAAUGGAACGUUUUUGCUUGUGGAAGAAAAGGGUCAGCUGAGAUCCAACGCUGCUGCAGUGAUCCAAGCCCCAGUAUCAGACCCAGUUCACCCAGGUGAUUCAACGACACUGGAGUGUGAAGUUCUCACUGAGACCAGAACAGAAGACCUCAGAGUGUUCUGGUUCAGACCAGCUUCAGGAGAUUCUCAUCCAGGAGUCAUUUACACCAACAACAGCAGGGGUGGUCAGUGUGAGGGUCGCUGUGUCUACAGUCUCUCUAAGAAGGACAUCAACAUCUCUGAUGCUGGAAUUUACUACUGUGGCAUAGCCACAAGCAGACACAUACUGUUUGGGAAUGGAACAGCACUCAACAUUGCGGAGCCUGUGGAUACUGUGCCUGUUGGUUUGGCCGUGGCUUUGGGCUGCUGUGCUGCGUUGAUGUUUUUUCUGUUUGUGCUGAACUGCAACAGGAGAGUUACAUGUGACAACUGCAAGAUAAGAGACUUGCAGCAUGUUAGAGAUGGCAGCUGUGAAACCAGACAAAGAAGUGGUCAGGCUGAGGCUGCAGAGGAUUUAACUUAUGCAGCCUUGAGCUUCUCUAAGAAGGAGACCAGAGGGAGGAGAACUAAGAGGAAGCUGCCACCAGACGCUGUUUAUUCUGCCGUCCAACUCUGACCACUCAGUCCUGGUUACUGUGUCUGUUUGUUUAUGCGCUUAUUUGAAAAGGGACAGUGUACAUUGAUAAACAUUUCCAAAAAAAUGUAAAUGCACCGGAAUUAGCUAGGUUAGGUAUUUUCAUCCGUUGUCCCUUGGCAGGGCAUGACAGAGAGAGACGGAAAUAAAAGAAAGAAAUAAUAAUUAAAAAAAA